AUGCCCAAGAAAAAGGCGCCUGCAGUUGCUGGAAGUGGCGGCGGAGCCAUGUCGACUACCACUGCAAAGUCUAGUAGCGGAAGAACGAGCAGUCGAGAGAAAUCUUCUAGUAGACGCAGUCCGUCGAAAACUUCGAAAAAUGCGGACCCGGGAGAGUCGAAGCAGCAGCAGCAGCACACGCGUCAAGCGCCGCCAGUCUUCCAGAUUCCCCCGCCGCCGCCGCCGCCGAAUGUUGAUGAGGUGCACGCCGUUAAACCGACGGUGAAUCAUCGCCACAACCACCGCCACGAGAAAUCGUGCAACGACGAAAACGAGGCGCCGCUUUACGAGAAUCUGGCGGAGAUUUUCGGCGCGGACGCGGGUUGCAAAACAUCUGUCCCGCAUCCACGAAGCAGAAGCGUGUCUGCUUUGGGAAAUGCUGGCUUGGAAGAUGAUGACGAUGAAGACGCCGAGUCGUAUUUGUUGCAACGGUGCAUCCAGUUUGGGAUGCCCAAGAGCAGAUCCGAUUUGAGUGACGCCAAGCCCUUUCAAAGACACCGUUCUGAGCAUUCUACGAGACACUCUAAGAAAUCUGCUUCUGCGGAACGUCGGAAAGCCUCAGACCGUGUGAAUGGGAUUUCGAGCAUGAUGCAACAAUCCACCAGCAGCAGUCAAGUGGAUGCAACCGCCUCAGAAACGCUGACACAUUCGCAAAUCAUCCGUCGGGAUGCGAGAUCCAUGGUGACUGCGCUGAUUGCCAAUCGGGACUCGAUGGUGGACAGCUAUGCGUCCAGCACCAGCACGUCGGACAACUUGAUGGAAAGUGCGAAUCCGCCUCCGGGACUCUUGAUGGAGGACAGUGUGGUGGUGAGCAGCAGCAUGACGGAGUCUCGGUUGCUGGGGUCUUCUGGGUCGCCCGGGUACCGACCCAAUCCCGGGUUUGGUGGCAGCAGCAGGAAGAACGUGCUGGUCAGUGUGAAGAUGACGGGUAGCAGCAGCGGUGGGGUUGCAGUUGGCAAGAUGGCUGGCAGCAGGGCUCUAGAGGGGUCCAUGUCGACGAGCAGCGCGUUUUUUGAGACUGCCAAACCCCCGUUUCCUGAGGACAUGGAUCAUUCCAUGAUUAGCAUUGCCAGCAUCACGUCAGAGAUGGCGAUGAGCAGUGCGAUGAAGAGCAGUGUGACGAGCGAGAACAUGUUCGACUUAUACCGAACGGCGGCUGCUGCCAUGACAGCUGUCUACGUGGACAAGGCCGCCCCGGGCACGGGCAACAAGUCCAGCACCGACGACCUGGACGACUCGGAAAUGCUGGCCGACGUUCAGCCGCCGGCGGAUCUCGCGUCAUCCUCAAUCAUGGGCGCCUCUCUGUUCAAGUCCGCCUCGCACGAGUCCGCGAGUUCCCACGACAUUUCCGGCGAUAAGAGAGCAGCGGCGGUGGCGGCGGAAAUUGGACGGUGUGCGAGUGGCAAGAAAACGAGUCCGAAAGAAAAGCGACAGAUGGACAAGGAGCGUUAUCAGACGUAUACUCUGGUGGUGCAUGGAGGCAAUAAUAAGCAGGAUGAUGGAGACAUUGGUGAGACCGACUCUACGGCUGCUGCGAGGGCUGAUGAAGAGGAGGAAGUGCUUAGGAAGCAGCGGAAGUCCAGAUCCGGCGAUAAAGAGCGGUACAGGACUCAGACCCUGGAAAGAAAGCAGACACCUCAGAGACCGAGAUCCAGUCCAGAGGGUUCCUCAGAAACGGAUACAGCCGACCGAACCCCGAGGAAAUCCGAAUCCGACCCUCUGGAAACCGACCUCGACGCCGACGACCAGCAUCAGCAGCAGCAGCGUCGCCGCCACCACAGCAGCUCUUCCUCGACGGCGUCCAAGCCCCGCAUCGUGAAACCCGACGAAAACGGCAACAACAGCAACACCACCACCACCACUGGGGAGGAUCCUGGGGCAUCCAAGGCGGUUCGUGGCCGACGGCGUCCGCUCCACGCUCCCAAAACUGGCACCUUCACGAGGCCCAAACCCAGUCCGGAAUUGGCGGCGUUGAGAAGUCGAAUUCCGGAUGUGUCGGAUUCGGACUCCACCGUCACUUCUGUCGACUCGUCCACGUUCACACGGCGUCCCAAGUCGUCGGCGUCGCUGGAAUCUGCCGGAAGUUCCACGGCGAAACCCCGGAGUCCCUUGGUCGUUCGCGAAACCAAGACGACCAAACUGCGGAAACAGUCUUCCUCGCCGGCUGCAGCCGACUUACUCCGCAGCUCGAGCAACAUCAGCGUGGCCAGCAGCGUGAGCAGUCACGGGUCCCGUCGAACCCCUAAAGUGGAAAGGAAAACCCAACAACCUCAAGUAUCUGUGCCGCCGUCCAAGAUCGCCAUGUUGUGGCGGCGAGCCGACGAAGCGCGUGAAAGCCAGGAAGUUGUGGCGGCGAAAACGACGACGACGAUUUCGAAGCGUGCACCGCCGCAGACUGCGACUACUGCCGCCGCUGGCAUCGGGAAGAGAUUAGCCGGUGCGAGUGGCGGCGCCGGCGCCCCGCCCCCGAUCCCUGCGAAACCGAAGAUAAAGUUGACGCAGAAAAUUGGACGAUUUAUCAAGGGGAGUAAAGAGACGAAGCCUGCUGCCACGCCGGCUGCAAAGGAGUUCAUUUACCGGCCAGUGGUGAAGAAGACUGAAGAGAAGAAGCGGGGAGAACCGCCAGAAGAGCCUGAAGAGAAGACUGAAGAGGUGCUGCUGCAGCAGCAGCAGAAAUGAAGAUGGUUCGGGGUUGGCGCCUUCUGCUUUAUCGCAUGCCUCUGCCUCAGUGUUGUCAGGUUUUCUUUCUUCUUUCAAGGAAAAGGGUUAAUUUAACAUUUGAUUAAGAAUUGGUAUUUUGUUGUUGUUGGAAGCUGCUCCUGCAAGUACAGCAUUUGGCAACCCUGAGUCUCAUCCUGCCAUUUUCUGAGGUUUGAGCCCCUUGUCCAUCCAGACCUGAAGUGUCUUCUUCAUUUGGGUAGAUGUCACCUGCUGUCCAAAUAGGAUCUUGAUUUUAAAUCCUUUCAGGUUUUCUUUGUUCAUUCAAGGAUUAAUUUGAUGUCAGAACUUUACCUUUUAUUUUUGGAAGCUGCUCCUGCCAGUACAGCAUUUGGAAACCCUGAGUCUCAUCCUGCCAUUUUCCGAGUUUUGAGCACUUUGUCCACCCAGACCUGAAGUGUCUUCUUUAUUUGGGUAGAUGUCACCUGCAUUCCAAAUAACAUCUCUAUUUUGAAUAUUAGAUUUACUCAAGGGCUGUACCAUGUAAUUCGCACACCUGGAUAUUUUUUCAGAUCCUAAAAUUAUAAUGAAAAGAUUUCCCUGAGUGAGACGUGCUCCGUAUUUUCAGUGAUUGAAAAACUACAAUACAGUAUUUUGGAAAAUUGAACAUCAGAAUUUGAAUUUGAUUUUUAACUUGAAUUGGGUGGGUCCACAAUUUUGGAGUAAGCAAAAAUUCAAGUUCAGGUAUUCCGCCUGGGGCAGGUUAUUUUGAUUUUGAAUUGAUAAUUAUUUCUUCUAAUUUUUUGUGGAUGAAAGGGACAGGGAAUAUUCGGAUGAGGCUCAGGUUUACCAUAACAAACGCGGCUGGAACAAUUGAGUAACCUCUCUUUUUUCAUCAUGAAAGUUUAACAUCGAAUUCGUUCGGAUUUCAGUUUAUUUUGAAUCCUAGAAGCAAUUGUCGCGAAAGUUCAACUCUUUUAAAUACUACCCCCCCCCCCCCCUUUGUUUAUCUUUUCUCUGAAGAAAAAAAAACUACUUGGUACUUUUAUCUUCCCAGACAAAAAGAGAGAUUGAGAAAGAUGGAAGAGACGAAAAAAAUAUCUCGAGUACCUUUUGUACUACGUUUUAGGUUGUGUUUAAUUUUCGACGGAAGGUGAUAAAGCAGUGCCACCAAAUUUGUUUUUGUAAAAUUUUCGGCGACGUCUCAAGGAUUGUACUGUAGUUAGAUGCAUAGCUCUGUGAAUUUUUUCCAAUCGGGGGUAUUAACUCGGGUGAGGCAUUUUUUGUUAUUCUAUCGCAUUUGAUAUUGUGUCGCUAAUUUUGAUCCCGUGAUCUCGAAGUGUCGGGGAUCCAUUGGUUUGUUGCUGUACUUGGUUACGUUUCUCGCAGAAAAAAAAUGCGUGUUACCGUAUUUCCGCGAAUAUAAGAUGACCACUUAUUCUAAGAAAAUCUUAAUUUUUCAGCCCAAGAAACCUUGAAAGAAUUUUGAAGUGGGUGUCACUUGCCUCUGUUAAAUAGUUACAAGUUGGAAUUAGCAAAGCAAACAUUUUAAAGAAGAAUUUCUCCUUGAUAAUUAUGCAUUGAAAUCCCAAGUGAAGCCCCAUUAUUAGUUCUAGUGAAAUCAACAUUAACGAUAUAUGUUUUGACAAACGGGCCAGUAAAAGAAUUUAGUAAUAGAAACAUUUUCCUUUUCUUCUCCCACAUUUGUGCUCACAAUUGUAAAGACUCAAAUAAAUUAUCUCAGUGUUGAAAUGAGAAUUUUCUUCUAACUGAAAUCAUCUAAGUGAAGAAUAAAUAAUUGAGCAUCUUUCAAGCGACAUGAAUAUGACAAGUAUUACAUAAUUCAUAUUCCUAAGAACUACUUUUCAAGUUGUCCCAAAGUUGCAUUUAAGAUUUUAUUCCUCAGUAUUUCAUGACUUAAUAUCUCACACAGUUGAAAGUAAGUUGCUGGCAUAAUAAUUAACCUUGAUCAGAUUAAGUUCAAUAAGUAGGAUAAUGUGCAUCUCUUCAGAUAAUCAAUAUUGAAACAAUAUUGAAACAUUCUUUCAACACCUCAGAAAAUAACAUUUUGCAUCAAGGGGCAUACUUUUUUUUUGGAGAGUCAAUGUUGGAAAAAGUGUGUCUUAAUUCCGCGUAAAUACGGUAUUUUUUCAUUACUUCGCUGUGAUUUUUCGAUCUUAGUAAUACGGUUUUUCAUCAAUCAGCAUAUCGUGCGAGCCUGCUGGAGACUGAAAACUGCUUACUAUAGCUUUCAAAUCCAACCCCGGAUAAAUGAUGACGGAAUCAAUGAGUUUCUAUAUAGUCUGUAACUCACUAUAGAUCUCUGCGACAGAAAGCGCCGGACUCGAGCUGUUCAGAUUUGAAUAUUCCGUCAAAAAGAAACAGAAAAUUUGUAAUCGGGAUUUCCCGCGGUAAUUUUUUUGCCUAGUAAAAAAAAAAACUUUCUCAGUCCGUGGCGAGAAGUGUUAUUUUUGUGUUUUUUUUGUGUCUUGUAGAAUCGCGAGGUUGACAGGAACUGAAACGCGAUCUGUGUGUGUUUUUUUUUGUGGGACUUCCAGAAAAUGGAAUUGGGACGAAAGUUGGAAGGAAUAAAAUUCCUUUUUCGUGAUGCUUCCCUGAAUA